AUGUCAGCAAGUAUAGAAUCAAGCGCAAUUGCUGAUUUUUUCAAACAAAAAUCUAUCUUUAUUACUGGUGCUACGGGAUUUAUCGGCAAACAGCUUGUUGAAAAACUUGUUCGAUCAUGCCCAGACAUCGAAAAUAUAUAUCUUCUUGUUCGACCAAAACGAGGUCAUGAUGUAACUGAACGUGUAAAAGAAUUAGUAUCUGGGACUUUAUUUAACCAUGCUCGAUCUGUUCAUCCAAAUUUCGAACAAAAAAUUAUUCCUAUGCAAGGGGAUAUACUUGAUCCAAAUUUUGGCCUUAGUUCCGCAGAUGAAACUACAUUAAUCGAAAAUUGUCAUGUUAUUUUUCAUUCAGCAGCAACGGUUCGUUUUCAUGAACCACUUCGAUUAGCUGUUCAAAUGAAUGUUGCAUCAGUUAAAAAACUACUUGCGUUAUGUCAUAAACUGAAAAAAAUACAAUCUAUUGUUCAUGUAUCAACAGCUUAUGCUAAUUGUAAUCGCAGUGAUGUUGCUGAAAUGAUCUAUCCACCCCCAAUUCAUCCAUCAAAAUUAUUAGAUGCUAGUGAAUGGAUGGAUGAUCAAGUAUUUGACACUAUAACUAAGAAGAUUAUUAAUGAUAGACCUAAUACAUAUACAUUUACUAAAGCACUUGCUGAAUACGUUAUAUCUCAAGAAUCGAAAGAUCUUCCAUUAGCGAUUAUACGACCAUCGAUUGUCGGGUCAUCAUGGCGAGAACCAAUGCCAGGAUGGAUUGAUAAUUACAAUGGCCCGAGUGGAAUGAUUGUUGCAACUGGUAAAGGCAUGUUUCGUAUAAUGUUUGGAAAUAGUACAGCAGUAGCUGAUAUUGUUCCUGUUGAUGUUUGUGUCAAUAUGAUGAUUGCUAUAGCAUGGCAUACAGCAAUGAAACAGCCAAAAGAUAUUCCUGUAUAUCAUUGUUGUAGUUGGCAUGCAGGUGCAUUGACAUGGGGUAAAAUUACUGAAAUUGGUUUGCGUCAUCUUGAUACAAUAUGUAUGGAAAAUGCAAUUACAUUUCCAAAUUUAACAUUUACUUCCAAUCGAUUUCGAUAUUUUUAUCUUCGAUUAUUUCAAGAAGUCUUCCCAGCUUUUGUGCUUGAUUGUGCCAUGCGUAUCGCUGGUCGAAAACCAAUGUUUUUAAAAUUAUGCGAUAGAAUUUAUAAGAGUGUACGAACAUUGGAUUUUUUUACCUCACAUUCAUGGUCUUUUCCGAAUGAUAAUAGCCUUGGUCUUCAACAAGAAAUGAAUGAUACUGAUCAAAAAAUUUUUAAUUUUGAUUUAAAAGACAUGGAUUGGGAUCAAUAUUGGUUUCAUUAUUGUUUGGGUGCUAAACAAUAUAUACUUCGUGAAGAUCUCGCUCAUAUGCCAAAAUGUCAAAAACGAAAUCAACGAUUAAAACGUCUACAAAAUUUAUUAUGGUUUUCUACCGUUGCACUUAUUAUAAAAUUUAUUUUUUUUCGAUCCUUUAAAAUUCGUCGAAUUUUCAUGAUUCCUUUCCGUUUUAUUUUGUCAUUACUUUCGAAAAUCUUAACAAAAUAG